UCAUAAUGCUAAGUGUUUGUUUUCAAAAACAUAAUGAAGAGUAAGCAUGUUGUAAAUUUACAGUAGAAUGUUUUGCUAGAGAUCAGAUAUGCUUUAGUACUUAAAUAAUUCUCCCCUCGUUGAGUUGAUGUUGGUUACACAGGAGUGUGGAAAUAAUUAGUGUUAACUACGGGAAUGAUAAUCUUUCUUCCAGGAGAGUUCUAAUAUUUCACUUACCCAUAUAUAGCCCACAGUAGCUUUCUUGCUCUUCAGAAUUUUGCAUUUCCCUGUCAAGGUAACUUAAACUCCUUAUGGUUUUCUUUCAUCAUUCCGUGUGAGUUACACCUUUUUGUGAGACUUUUACUGGCAUUUCUAAACCAGCAUUGUUUUGAAGGUGCCAUGAAAUGGAUCAUUCAGGGAAAGCUUGUGGUUUAAAAAAAAAAAGCUUACUCUUAAAAUUAUUGACUAUAUUCAUGGAAAUGGCUUCAUUAAAUGAAUUUAUUUUGCUUCUUUGUAUUCUCUCUCUAACAGGAUUUUUCUCUUCCCUGACUUUAUUUCCAGUACUGUGUUGGCAGUAGCUUGAAUUACCCUUAGAGUAUAACUUUAAACAGGUGGUUUAUAAAACAUGAGAGAGGUGCAACUGUGUCAGCUCUAAAGCAGGUUUUAUUGCCUGGAGCAGGGGCUGCAUGAACUCAGACACAGAGCUCGUGUAGUGUAAAUUUUCAGACCGUUUUUCACGUCACUUCCUGUCCCAGCACCCACUGAAACUGGUGUAGAGACAAGGAUGGAGAACCAGAAGGGUAAAACAGUGAUCACUUGUGUGUGGUGGAUCAUGAAACCACUCAGGGUGAAAUCAGUCAGAUUCUGCCUGUAAGUCAGGGGGAAAAGGAGUGAGUGUGGACAGGUUUGCUGUAAAAUACUUCCCUGUGCAGUUUUGGUGUGGAUUUCCUUUCUGUGUUACUUCUCCACAUCAAGAUAAAGACAUUUAGGGCAUAUGCUUUUUUGCAUAUUAAUGUUUUCUAUUCCAGUAUGUAACUACUUUAUUCUUUUUUUCCCUUGCAGAGUCAACUGUUCAUUUUAUUUCAAAAUUGGAGCUUGUCGCCAUGGAGACAGAUGUUCUCGAUUGCACAACAAACCAACAUUUAGCCAGACCAUCUUGAUUCAAAACAUCUAUCGUAACCCCCAAAACAGUGCACAGACGGCUGACGGCUCACACUGUGCUGUGAGCGAUGUUGAGAUGCAGGAACAUUAUGAUGAAUUCUUUGAGGAGGUCUUCACAGAAAUGGAGGAGAAAUACGGUGAAGUUGAGGAGAUGAACGUGUGCGAUAACCUUGGAGAUCAUCUAGUUGGAAAUGUAUACGUAAAGUUUCGCCGUGAAGAAGAUGCAGAAAAGGCUGUGAUUGACCUGAACAAUCGCUGGUUCAAUGGGCAGCCCAUCCAUGCCGAGCUCUCGCCUGUGACUGACUUCAGAGAGGCCUGUUGCCGUCAAUAUGAAAUGGGAGAGUGUACACGAGGAGGUUUCUGCAACUUCAUGCAUUUGAAGCCCAUCUCUCGAGAGUUAAGACGUGAGUUGUACGGGCGUCGUCGUAAAAAGCAUCGAUCCAGGUCGAGGUCCCGUGAACGCCGGUCUAGAUCCAGAGAUCGCGGCCGUGGCGGCGGAGGCGGCGGCGGAGGAGGCCGUGAGCGCGACAGGAGGCGGUCAAGAGAUCGUGAAAGAUCCGGUCGAUUCUGAGCCAUGCCAUUUUUACCGUAUGUCUGCUAGAAAGUGUUGUAGUUUGACCAAACAAAGUUCAUAAUGACAUUUUUUUUAAAAGAUGGGCUUCUGAAUAAAAAAAAUUUGUAGUGAUACAGUAUUCUUUGUGUAACUUGUUUCUUGUUGGGGGGAGUCUUUUUAACUGUCAUUCCUCUAUCUUGACAAAUACCUGGAUUAACUCUGCCUGAGGAAAAGGUGGUAAAUGUGUUGGAGGAGCGCCGGUUUUGGUUUGGAUUUUUUUUUUUUUUUUUGAUUAUUUGGGUAUAAUUUGAACUGUUGAUGAAAAUGUAUGUGUAUAUAAUAUAAAAUAUAUUAUAUACAUAGUAAAAAUAAUAUACUGCUUAAGAAACAGUUACUCACAAAGUUUCCCUUUUCUGCUAUGCUGUCUGCUUAUUUAGGUUAGUUUAGGCACAUUUAAGAGGAAGGCUGUGCGAAACGCAUUUAUUUACUGAGUAGAAACGCUUAGUUACAAAAAUGUAUGUUUGUUUGUUACCAAAAGUCUGUGCUCUGUCUAUCAAUGUGACUGUGGCAUUUAAAAUAAAUCCAAUUUCUUGGUGUAAAAUCUAAAGCCUAUUUUCUAAGCACUCCGGAGUAGUUGAGUUGCUACUCCUGGCUGCCUGUUUUCUAAGCACUCUGGAGUAGCUGAGUGGCUGUUCCCAGCUGUGCCAGAGUUCACAGUUCAGGUUUUUAUAAUUCUUGACUAAAUUCCGUGUCUUUGGCUGGAAAGUUGCCUAGCGUAGCGUGGAAAAAAAAAGUAAUAUUUUUAUUGCAAUGAUUCAUAAUAGGCAGGUAAGAGUUUAGUGGAAAAAAAACCACCAAAAUUCUGCUCCAUGCAACAUGAUACAGAAGUGCUAUUGAAGGAAAUGCAAGGUCCUAAAUACAGGGAUCGAAUUUAACAGAUUGAUUUUUUUUUUUUCCUAAUCUAUGCUCUCUUACCUGUCAUUUAUUGAAAAGCAUUUUGUAAGUGUUCAAGGUCAUAGGAAACUAACUGGAUGCUAGUGGAAAAUAAAUCUUUUCUUCCACCUUUACUUGCUUUCUGAUAGUCUGGAGUGUGAUAAAAGCUAAUGGACAGAUGUCACUUUCUUCACAAAUUCGUAUUUCUGUUUCUGAGCUUGAAUUGCACAAUCACUGAACAUCACAGGUUGUGUCUCAAAGCGUUAAAGCUCCAGUGGAAGUGUUGGAACAUCUUGAGAGACAGUUUGUACAAUGGCUGAGUUGCAGUUUCACCUCGUUCAUGUCUGCUGUUAUUCAAAGUGUAACAUAGCAAGAAGUUCUGGUCAGCAAUCAUAUUUCUGCAAGAUAUAACUUUAUGUGCACAAAGCUGUGUGAUACGAUACAGUUUUCCAGUGGGGAAAAGAAUUUGUUAGAGCUUUAUUAGUUCUGAGCCAGAUAACUUGCUAAAUGAUGAAUCUGCAACUUGAUGAUUAUUAAAUAAAAAAAAAAAAGGAAAUAGAAGAGCUAUAGAUUCAUCACAUAGAGGCAAAGAGAAGCUGGUUUGUUAAUAUAAAACCAUUUUGCUCACUGGAACUUGGAAAACAAAAUAACAUUGAUAAACAAGCUUUUCUAAAUGAAUCUGCUUUGCUUCUUACAACUCAAUUCUCGCACAGGUUCAGUUUGAAUUUAUUUUGUUUCCACUGGAUGGUUUGGCCAAUGACACUGUGGAACUUAAGUUUGCCAGGACCCUUUCUGGAGAAAUACCACUCAAGCAGUUGAAGCUUGACAUCUCCACGUGUGAUGUUUUGUUAAGCCUAUAAAGGAAAUGAUGCUUUCUUUUUACUGUAAGAAAUUGAACAGUGCCUGGCAUUAAAUGGCUGAACUGAAAUGUAUUUCUCCUAGGCAUUAGAAAUUUCACAUUGAUAAUUUAGUUCUUGCAGUUUACAGGAUAUUAAUCCUGUUCCAUUUUUUUUUUCUUGGCGUGGGAUUCAGCAUCAUUAGUGAGCUAAUUUAAAUCUGAAACUCCAAAAGGUGAGGAUAGUCUUUCUGUUUUGUUUUUCUUCAAACAGUGUCUAAUACAAUGUGGAUACUGUUUAAAAGGUUUAAGAUAAUUUCUACACAGAGUAAUGACACAAACUGAUUGCCCUGUAAACAAGUUAGUUUAAAACAAUACAGAUGCGUUCCUGUAAUGGCUUUAAUCUGUUUAUCUAAAUCCUGUUAGUCUGCAGGUAUAUUUUUGCAUGAACAGAUAGUGGAAGUUUGAUUUCUCUCUUUUCCCCAAUACAAUUUUACUUAAGAAAGCACUCUUGAAUUCCACCAAAUGUGUAAUUAUAUGGUCUGAUUGCAUGGCUGCCCAAAAAUUAACAGUGUAACUGGAAUACAUCAGGAUGGGCACUGAAAGCUGUGGAUUUUACUGGAUAUUCUAAUGGGUGCCUAGUGACAGCAUUCAGCAUAUAAACUAAGCUCAUGACAUAUCUUGUUAGGUUCACAUUUUAAGACUGUACUACCAGCAAAGUUCAUAAAAUUUGAAAUUUAAACUGCUCCAAUUUGGUUAAACAUUUACAUGUGAUAGUCCCACAAGUGGAAAUUCUACCUCCCCCUUCUCUUGUUGCUCACAAUGUCUUUUAAGAUUUAUUUUUUCCCCUCCUCCCCAAGGUACCUACUUUCCAAAUAUUUCAUUGUUGACUCUUCUGUUGAACAGUGAAUCUUAAUUUAUGGAAUUCCUUUACCUCAAAUAAGGGACAGCAUACAGGAUUUUCUGAAGUCUGAGUCAAUUAGGUUGAAACUGUUCAUCCCAAGUGGCUUCCUCUUCUUUGUAUUUGGCUCUUAUUCUGUGAAAAUGCUGCUUGUCCAUGAAUAUGAUGUAUGUUGAGACUGUAAAACCAAAUGGAGAAAACUUGUUCAAAAUAAAGCCUUUUUUUUAUAAGA